CGAACCUAUAUAUAUGUAACGAUAACAGCCGAGGUAGACACGUCUGCGCAACACAUCUGCUAGUUUUUUAAACGGAAGUUUUUUGGCCUUUCAGAAGUAACAAUGGCAGUUCCCGUAGCUGCGUUACAACUGAGCUCAUCGUCCAGCCCGGGUCUGCUGGAGCACAAUAUUCAUCUGAGCGACAGAGAUCUGGGAAGGAUUUCAAAUGAUAAUGAUAAUGACACUCUGCCUUUACAUUCUCCGUGGACUUUCUGGCUCGACAGAUCUUUACCUGGAACAACAGCAGCUGAAUGUGAGUCAAACCUGAAGAAAAUCUACACCGUUGAGACCGUCCAGAACUUCUGGAGAGUUUACAACAACAUACCCAGUGUCUCUAGUUUGCCACUAAGAUGUAGCUAUCACCUGAUGAGAGGAGAAAGAAAACCACUUUGGGAAGAAGAAAGCAAUGCUAAAGGUGGUGUUUGGAAAAUGAAAGUACCCAAGGAGUGCACUUCUGCCGUGUGGAAGGAGUUGCUGUUGGCUACCAUUGGAGAACAGUUCAGUGACUAUUGUGCCUCAGAGGACGAAGUAGUCGGGGUCAGCGUCAGUGUAAGAGACAGAGAAGAUGUUGUUCAGGUCUGGAAUGGAAAUGCUUCUUGUGCUACCGAGUCCAACGUCUUAGGAAAGAUCUAUGAGCUCCUUCCUCAAAUACCUUUUAAAGCAGUGUUUUAUAAACCGCAUGAGGAGCAUCAUGCUUUUGAAGGAGGUCGAUCAAGACAUUAGCACGUUUUGCACAUCAGAAGCCUUGAGAUUUUAUUUUUUUUUAAUUAUUCUGUUGAACAAGAUUUGGCCUGUAAUACUGGGUCAAAUUUUUAAGCAGUUUAGUUGCUUAAUGUACCAUCUUAAUUACCUCAAUGUAGCCCAAGUAUUACGACUCUGAUUCAGUGAAAUUUCACAUCUUCUGAGAGCUACUGUCAUUCAUAACAAAAUACUUUUAUUUUAAUGGAAAGCAAAAACUAUUUUAGUUUCAUUUUAACUAUGGAAGUGUUUGUAUGUUUUUAUACUGCAAAGUUUUACAAACAGUAACCAAAACAGCAGAUCAUUUACUUUUUAUUUUUUGAUGUAUUAUAGCAUACUCUGAGCAGUUUACUGAGCACAAACAAAGCUAGGUCUUUGAAAUAAAUCUCACUUUUGGAUUUAAGAGGAGGCCAAGUUCUACAAAGCAAACCUUUAUCCUAACAAUACAUUACAAGGCUUUUCUAGUCAGCAUGUUUAUCUUUUUUGUAAUUACAGCCAAAAUACUAUUGCCUAUGCUGGACAACGUAAAUAUUUAGUAUGCUGUAUGGCUAGUAUUUGAGCAUAAAAUUGCACAGUCUUUUUUUUAAAUUUUAUUUUCUUGUGUAGGAUAGGAGUGAAAGUAAUAUGUUCAUGUUACAAUAAAAUGACCUCAGUGCACAAAUCACCUUGAGUAGAUACUGAGAUAUAUAUGCAAUCAUUUGUAUUCUGUAGAAUUUGUGGCAAAUUUGCUGUGUUGUGGUUGUCAUUUUGUUUCAGCCUCUGCCCUAAAUCAAGCACUUUGUUUCUUACUGUGUUUAUGUGACAUCUGAUAGUUCCUCCAGGGUUGUGUGGAGUUGUGAUACGAGAGACCAAAUGCACUUUGGUUUUCUGUCACGUUUUCUAAUGAAGUGUAAAGCUAAUUUUCUUGUUCAUUUUGUUAUGGUUCUGUUUUUUUUCUUUUUUCGGCUUUUGAUAUUAACUGAAAUGUGUCGACGACUUCAUGUGUUCAUCUGACCUGCGUUCAAAUGAAAUUUUUACAACCAACCAUUUGUAAAGUAGAUAAAACUGGCCACAGGUAAAAAAUUAACAAUCAACACAUGACACGCAGAAAUCUGUCGCGAGGCCACAGAAAGGAAAGAUGUUGCUGUUUUGAGCCUGUUGUAAUAUAUUUGUACAAAUCACAGGUGUUUGAGGUGACGCCUUCACUGCUGCAAGGCUUAAACUGUAUAAAACUGGUGACGGCUUAUUACUGCUACACCUAAAACUUUCAUUUUCUCUCAAAUCCAUAGCUUUAAAGUGUUUCCCUCUGUGGUUUUAUAUGUAAUAGGCUGUAUUUGUGUUGUUGAAAAUCAUAAUAAUGAUAGGAAAGUGUUGAAACUCAUGUAAUUUACAUCUCACCAAAGGCCUUUUUUUGUGUGUGUUUCUGUACGAGUGGCUGCAUAGAGCAGAACAGGAUCAUUCUGAGGACUAGUACUGUAACGCUAAGACAUUUGAGGUUAUUUCUAUGGAACUAUGGAGUGUGCAUUGGAACCCAUAGAAAGACUGCUGCUGUGGUUUAUCAAUUAAAUCAAAUGUUGAAGUGUUUGUAAUGCUGAUGGCUCAGCUGGGAUUAUCUGCUAAAAUCAACAACAUUGACAGGAACGGUUAGUUUUACAGACUUUGCCAAAUGUGUUUAGUUGUUCAUGUAAUAAUGUUUGAAGCACAUACUGUAGGAUAAGAGAAUUACAAUACUUUCCUUGCACAUAAACCGCUGACCGCUCUCUUCAGAUCUCAGACUUUGUAACUGAUUGUUGAUCUUGGAUGGUGCCUUGUGCUUUUCAGCGGUUUACAAUGUUAAAGUCCUCGGUGUUCAGCAUGUUGAAAUUGUACCUAGUCAUGUUUCUCUAUUAGUUUUACACGUGUUGAGAAUGAAAAAUAAAGACACCAAAACUCCUG